UUUUUAGAGAUUUUUUAUUCUGAUACACCGAUUAGUCUAAACAUCUGCCUAGUUCUAGGAACGAGUUUUGUAAACAUUUUUAUUUCUGAAUAGACAAUAGGGCGACACGCCGUGGGAUUGAAAAACGAUAGUAAGAAUCUAGGCACAGUUAUAUCUAGACUUCUUGUAAAAUAUGAAGUUAAUUAUUUACUAUUUAUUUUAUGUAAUGUUUACACAGUGUUAUUGUAAGAAUAAUCCAAAACGUACAACAACCCCGGAUCCUGAUCUAUUAGAAGUGGUUAACGAAUAUUGGUGUUGGCGUGGCCAGUACUGCCAUCACGGAGGGCCUCACGUGUGUGGCAGGGAGAAACGCACCGACCAGAGGAAAAUGUUCCAGUGUGAAUGCACCGUGUAUAAAUACAACUGUAGUUAUAAGCGAGAUUUUACCAUAACCGAUGAGAAAUAUUGCAAGGGACGUAAAAGAAAGCAUUAAGUCAAAUUAGCGUGACCAUUGCAGUUAGCAAUCGUCAAUAAAUAAUUAAAUUAUGAAGAAAAAUCAUUGUGUGGUUUUCGUUUUAGUUCUGUCCCUGUGUGGUUCGGAAAGUAAGAAGAAGGUCAAAGAUGUAAACGAGUUAUUUUCUGCCUACUUCUGUUAUAAACUAAGGAUGUGCCGUGGUGGAGGAGAAAAAGUGUGUGGCUUCGACGCCAAAGCUGCGAUGCUGGCCGUUUUCGAGGACCUGUGUACGCUAUAUACGGCAAAUUGCAAGAAAUUCGGAGUGUUUCAAGAAGUGGACAUGGUCGUGUGUGAGAUGCAGAAGUCCUAUGAAGCUCAGUAUGCUAAUGAUACUUUUGAGUUUGUACAUUACAACGAUAAACUUCUACUAAGGGAUUUGACGGCUUAAUUAAAGCAUAUAUAUGAAUUACUUAAUUUAUAAUAUGAGAAUGUA